UUCAACACUCCUUGGCUAACGAGCCUUUCUAUCCUGGGAAUUUCUAAGUUCAGUUGUCUGUAAGAUUGUAAGAUUGUCGUCCAACCAAUUAACAAUCCGUUGGUAGUUUGAUUUAUCCCAGAGGGCAAAAGCAGAUGUCCGUUGCUAUUGUCUUCCUCUGUAUCUUUCUUUACUCUCUACCCCUUGCUUGGUCCCAAACUCCGGCCAAUUACCAACCUGGGUUUCUCUAUACAUUUUGCAAUAAUAAUAGCCAUGCUGGUAGUACCAAAUUCCAGAGCAACCUUGGUGCCCUCCUCAGCCGAUCCCUUAACAAUGAAAGUGGCAUUUCAUCCUUUUCUAUGGUAAGUGAAGGGGAAGACCCAGACAAAGUCUACGGUCUCUUCCUCUGUAGACCCGAUGUCUCUAAACAUAUCUGCCAGAGUUGCAUCGAUGCUGCCACUCUGAAGAUUGUACAGGUUUGCCAACACAAGGAGGCAAUUAUAUGGUACAACGAGUGUUUUCUGCGCUAUUCCAACAGAUCUUUCUUCUCUAAUCUGGAGAUGAAGCCAGCUUUUUAUAUGUGGAAUACACAAAACGCCUCUGCCCCAGAUAAAUUUGACCAGAAAUUGGGUGAAAUGUUCCAAAAUCUGACUGCCGAAGCCACUUCCUCUGAUGGCAUGUAUGCAAUUGGCCAGGUUGAAGUCUCCAAUUUUCUCAAUUUGUACGGUAUUGUGCAGUGUACACGAGAUUUACGAAUGUCUUACUGCCGCCGAUGCCUGGAUGAAGUUGUUGGUUAUAUUCCCAAACUCAUGGAAGGAAAGAAGGGUGUGAGAGUUUUUGUGCCAAGCUGUUACAUAAGGUACGAGACAUACCCGUUUGCGGCUGUGGAGGACCCCAUUGUUGAAGCUCAAGUUCCCUCAAGCAUCAGUCCACGCGGAAGGAAAGGAAGGAAAACAAAAUGGAUUGCUAUUGGCACAAGUUUAUCAGGAAUUGUAGUGGUGGCUUUCUGUGUUUACUAUGUGAUUAGGAGAAGGAAGGGAGCAGAUCCAGAGGAGAAAGAAAGUAAGGGAGAUCUUUGUUUACUUGACCUGGGAGGAGGACGACUAGACGCUGAAGACUACUCAAGUGAAACUUUACAAGGAGAUAUGCUAGCGAAAUCGAAGGAGUUUCCUGUGAUUGGGUUUGAUCUCGUGUACGAAGCUACACAGCAUUUCUCUAAUGACAACAAGCUCGGGGAAGGUGGGUUCGGCCCAGUUUAUAAGGGGACAUUGUCAGACGGAAAGGAAAUUGCUGUUAAGAGGCUUUCCAAAACUUCUGGCCAAGGAUUACAGGAGUUCAAGAAUGAAGUUAUUCUGAUUGCCAAACUACAACAUAGAAACCUUGUGAGACUCUUGGGUUGCUGCUUAGAGGGAAAUGAAUUGUUGCUCAUUUAUGAAUAUAUGCCCAACAAAAGCUUAGAUUUCUUCCUUUUUGAUUCAACUAGAGGUUUGCAACUAGAUUGGAAAACACGAUUUAGCAUCAUUAAUGGAAUUGCUCGGGGCAUUUCAUAUUUGCAUGAGGAUUCUCGCCUUAGGAUCAUCCAUAGGGACUUAAAGCCUAGCAAUAUUUUAUUGGAUGGUGACAUGAAUCCGAAGAUAUCGGACUUCGGGUUGGCAAGGAUCUUUGCAGGAAGUGAGAAUGGAACUAACACUGCUAAAAUAGUGGGAUCAUAUGGAUACAUGGCUCCAGAGUAUGCUAUGGAAGGGCUAUACUCCAAUAAGUCUGAUGUUUUCAGUUUUGGAGUUGUCUUGCUUGAGAUCAUAACUGGGAGAAAGAAUGCUGGUUUCCAUCUCUCUGGAAUGGGUCUAAGCCUCCUAUCAUAUGCAUGGCAACUAUGGAAUGAAGGAAAAGGGUUGGAGCUGAUGGAUCCAUUAUUGGGUGAUUCAUGUUGCCCAGAUGAAUUUUUGAGAUGCUACCAUAUUGGGUUAUUGUGUGUCCAGGAAGAUGCAUUUGACAGGCCAACCAUGUCAUCUGUAAUUAUCAUGUUAAGAAGCGAAAGCCUAAGCCUUCGACAGCCUGAACGACCUGCCUUCUCUGUGGGGAGAUUCGCCAAUAACCAAGAAAUAGCAAGUGGUAGCAGUUCUUCUGUCAAUGGUCUAACAGCUUCUACUGCUGUGCCUCGAUGAUGAGACUGUUCCGUGAGUUUGAUGUCCUUACCAGCUCAUCUAUAUUUACAUCUUGUAUCUUUUACAAAAGCAUGUAACAGCAUCCAGAUUUGGACAAACUGUUUCAGGAAUAUCGCUGAUUUCUUUUGCAGAAUGCCAAUUUCAUCCAUUAUACAUUUACUUUGUGUGAGUGAAAUUUCUUUGUUUUCUUAUAU